GUACGAUGUGUUUUCGCUCCUUUUGCUUCGAGUGAUAAAACGUCCGUGCGCGAUUUUUGUGCAGGAAAAUGGCUUCAAUAAAACAGCCCCAAUCAGUCCAGGUUUAUGGUCGUAAGAAGACCGCUACUGCCGUAGCUCAUUGUAAACGAGGAAAUGGGAUCGUAAAAGUCAAUGGAAAGCCUAUAGAUGUUCUUCAACCAGCUACUUUGAGAUACAAAAUCGAGGAACCCAUUAUGCUUUUGGGGAAAGAGCGCUUUGAGGGAGUUGAUAUUAGAAUCCGCGUUCGUGGAGGAGGUCGUGUGUCUCAAGUUUAUGCUGUUCGUCAAGCACUUGCUAAAUCGCUGGUCGCUUACUACCAGAAAUUCAUUGAUGAGGCUUCAAAGAAAGAAAUCAAGGACAUUUUGAUUCAAUAUGAUCGUACUCUCUUGGUUUCUGAUCCCAGAAGAAAAGAAACAAAGAAGUUCGGAGGUCCAGGAGCCAGAGCAAGAUUCCAAAAAUCUUAUCGUUAAUUUUGGACUUGCUCUUGUUACAAUGAAACAUGUUUUCACGAUGUUGCAUGUUUCAUCUGCAUUUUUCAAAGUUUGGUCAUUUAAUAGUAGAUAAUAGUGAAUAAAUCAUUGUACAACAGUACUUUGUAUAUUUUGCUUUAUUUAGUAUCAUGUACACCUUUAAUAGAAAUUAAUGAAGUGUGUCUGGUAAUAAUAAAAUAACUUUAAAUCAGAAGUGCCUUUGUUAUUAUUUCACGUCUUUUGAGUUUCUAAAUAAAAGUGGGUCGGUGUGUAUUAAAUUUUUUUAGAUCUGAUUAGCUGAAUUUUCAUGUCUUACUUUGUAAUUAUUGUGCAUUAUAUGGACUGAAUCUUCAAGAAUGAAUUUCGUUGACUUGUAAUUAUUUUUUCAAUCAAUGAUGAAUAUACUUUGUUUGAAACUUUAUCUUGACCUAAAUACAUCCGUAGGUCAACAUUAAUAGUUUUUCAACCACUUUAUUGUGCUUCGUAGUGAAUCCAAUUUAUUACAAUUGUAAUAUACAGUCUGUUAUUGUCAAGUGGUGAAUUUACAUCUCUAAAACCCCUGUGUGUUUCUGAUUGUUACAUUGUAUUGUACUUUGAUAUAUUCACCAUUAUCUGCUAUUGCAUGUUCAAACUUUAUCUAAUGCAAAAAUGUUUUUCCCAG